UUCAGUGUACUGAAUUGGUCUUUAGUAGAACAACUUUCUAAUUCAAUUUUCCUGCUCAAAUAUAAUAUUUGAAUAUUUGCUAAGUGUUGAGGAAAAUCUGUAAAUCAUUUCUUGCUUCAAUAGUUUACCCGCUAUCUUUUUUAUUUCUUUAAGUGCGUAGUGAAUGCAUUACAUCCAUGCAUAGGAACUGAAUGAAAUAUUUUAGUGAGAUUGUUGCGCUGCUGCGCUAAUUUCCAAACAAUUGUUUAUGCGGUAGUGUGAAAAUAUUUUGCAAAUUCUGAUGGCCGAUAAAUUUGAUAAAAUGCAGCCAAGUUGUAGCAGUUCUAGCGUUGCUAUUGCUUUAGAGAACAGUGUUGCUUCAAGUGAUGAACACACAGAAACAAGUAAUACGAAAAUAACUGAUUUGCCUGCUGAGAUUUUUCAUACGAUUUUAAGAUAUCUAUCAUUUGACAACAUAGCUAAAGUUAGAUUGGUUUCACAACACUUUAACAACAUGUGUUCAACUUUACUCAAUUCAGAAUUCAAUCAUUUACGAGUAAUAGUGCAACAUAAAUUUUCAAGCAUCAAAGCCCAAAUGCCGAGAAGAGAAUCUUCAAGAAGGAAACAUCCCUUGGCUCGGGAAUGCGAUAUUAUUGAGACAUUGUUCAUGAGAUUGACGCUGUUACAUAUGACUUUUGGAAAGCAUAUGGAAAGAAAAUACUGUUGCUUUUUUGCAGGAGAAAUUUUAGAUGAAAUCCACAAAAUACUAAAUUAUGUGGAAAAGAAUUCCGCUUUAAGUCGUGCCUAUAAAGUUACUGAUGAGCUUUUUGAUCUAUCUACUAUGGCAAUGGAGUAUUUUAAGGAACACAUUGAACCUGGCCUACCAGAAGUUUCCUACUUCUCUACUGAUGUGUUUGAAUACCCAACAUUCAGUUGUUUUUCAUCCACCUCAAAAUCUCAUCUCUCACUUAUUCAAGAAACUGCUGGGGGUAAAUCCAAAACUUCGUUGUCCCCUCCAUCUACUCCAAAUCCAGCUAAGGGUUUAAUCAAGAGAGUGAAAACAAUAAACCAAUUAGUAAAAAAACAAGCAAAAGAACUGUCAAGUGUCAAGGCCUCUGUGAAAAUUCUUGCGCAAAAGAUUAACUCCUUAGAAGAAAUUGUGCACCAAACAAAAUGGCAACAAAAGAAUUCUGAAGGGUCAAUUAUACCCGAAAUGAAUGAAAUGUUACUGGGAUUGAAUUUUUGUAAGCAUGAAAUAGAUGCGCUUAGUUCUGAGUUACCAGAAUCAACUGCCACAAGUGAGUUAAACAAUGAAAUCGAAACCUUGCAAUCUAAAGUUAUUCCUGCUGUCAGUGAACUUAUUUCAAAAGAAAACAAAAGACAAUCUACUGUCCAUGGAUCUCAUACACCCAAAUCUAGCACUUCCAGCUUGAAGACUUCUUCUGAAAGAUGCAGGCCGUCGAGUUCUAGUGCAAGAUUGUGUCACAGUCGUAGGUUGCGUAAGAGGUCUUCAACUGUGACAAAGAGUGAAUAUGAAUUACAAGAGAAACGAAGGAAGCGUACAUGAUUUUUUAAAUUUGAAAUAUUGACUUAUCAUGAUAGCAUAAAUCAAUUCAUAAAAGCACUUUUGAAAUAAUUUUAUUAGCAGUUGAAUCAAGAAUUUUUUAUUUGAAAGAUAAGUAGCCCUUUCAUGUUAAAUGAACAUGACUUUAUUUUCCAUUAAUAACUAAUGCUUUAUUUCUGUGGAUCAUAGAUUCAUUUGGUUUUCCUAUUUUUAUAAAGUGAAAUUAAAGCAAGCUUUAAAAAAAAAAACUUUUUCAGUUUAUAAAAUUGUAUAUGUUUCUAUGCAUAUUAUAUUUAUUUAUAUGCUUAGUGCAAUGUUUCAAGUUUAUUAAUUUAAUUGCAAACAUUCACUGUCAUACAUGUAUUAGCUUCAUGAUGCUUCAU